CAGAGAAAAUCCUCUUGCCUGUUGAUUUAUGGAAACAAUUAUGAUUCUGCUGGAGAAUUUCUCAGCUGAGAAAUAGUUUGUAGCUACAGUAGAGAGGCUCAAGUUGCACAGGGCAGACAACAGACAUGGAAUUCUUGUGUAUCCAGCUGUUAUCAACAGAACAAAAGUCAAGUAGCAAACAGCAACGCAGCAACUGAGCUUAUUACAACCUGUUUUUAUAAGGAUAUACUGACAGAGAGUUAUUUAAGGAGGAAUUCUAUAUUGUUAUCAGGAACUAAAAGGAUAAGGCUAACAACUUGGAGAGUGCAACUACUCUUUCUUAAAUCAAUCUACAGUUCACAGAUAGGACGAGGUCAAUGACCUAGGAACAACAAUCAACUCAAGAUUUAAUUUUCAUUAUGUUAUUCAUGAACACCCGGGGCACUAUACUAUAAUGCGCAAAUGGAUACUGACAUGGAUCCUGCCAAGUUUGCUCUACAGAUCAUGCUUCCACAUUAUCUGUCUAGUGGGCACUAUAUCUUUAGCUUGCAAUGACAUGACUCCAGAGCAAAUGGCUACAAAUGUGAACUGUUCCAGCCCCGAGCGACAUACAAGAAGUUAUGAUUACAUGGAAGGAGGGGAUAUAAGAGUGAGAAGACUCUUCUGUCGAACACAGUGGUAUCUGAGGAUUGAUAAACGAGGCAAAGUCAAAGGGACCCAAGAGAUGAAGAAUAAUUACAACAUCAUGGAAAUCAGGACAGUGGCCGUUGGAAUUGUAGCAAUCAAAGGAGUGGAAAGUGAAUAUUAUCUUGCAAUGAACAAGGAAGGAAAACUCUAUGCAAAGAAAGAAUGCAAUGAAGAUUGUAACUUCAAAGAAUUAAUUCUGGAAAACCACUACAACACAUAUGCAUCAGCUAAAUGGACACACAGUGGAGGAGAAAUGUUUGUUGCCUUAAAUCAAAAGGGGGUUCCUGUAAGAGGGAAAAAAACGAAGAAAGAACAAAAAACAGCCCACUUUCUUCCUAUGGCAAUAACCUAAUCAUAUAUGGCAUAUAAGAAACCAGUUCCAGCAGGGAGAUUUCUUUAAGUGGACUGUUUUCUUCCUUUUUUUCUUUUCUUUUUUUUUUUUUUUUUUAAGUAACCAAGAAAGGCUGGAAAACUACUGAAAAACUGAUCAAGCUGGACUUGCGCAUUUAUGUUUAUUUUAAGAGACUGCAUUAAAGAAAGAUUUGAAAAAAUAUACACAAAAAUCAGAUUUAGUAACUAAAAGUUGUAAAAAAUUGUAAAACUGGUUGUACAAUCAUGAUGUCAGUAAUAGUAAUGUUUUUUUCUUAAAUUAAUUUACCCUUAAGACUAUGUUAGAUUUGAUUAUCUGA